AGAGUUUUGUGAUGUGUGUGUGUGUUUAAAGCAGCAGUAUGAAGACUCCGGUGAGCGUCCUGCGGCUGCCCCGAGGACCAGACCCGAACAGCCGAGGAUUCGACCCGAGUUCUCCCCGCUUCAUCGCUCUCUGCCCCACAAGCGUCCCCUCUUCCUCCUCCUCCUCCUCAGAUGAAGAGGAGCAGCGGCUGCGAGCGGAGCUGCGCGAGAGUUUUUUGCGGACUCUUUUACUGAUGACGGGCAAGCGAGUCCGGUUCGACAUGCACGAGCACGUGCGCGUGCACGCGAGGUUCGGCGCCUCGGACAUCGACGUGCUGAACCUGCAGGUGUCUGAUCUGGAGACUCCUCUCGGGGUUCAGAGAGAGGCGCUUCUGAGGUGCCAGGAUGUGAUCGCGUGCUCCUUCGAAGUGUGAGGGCGGGUCUUCGCCGCGAGAGAGCGCCAGGGGACCGUUGCGUUCACUGAUUUUCAUGCUACUGUUUGGAAUAAACCUUUGCAAUGUUGAGAACUGCAUUCUUAAUUUUAUUUCUUUUCUUUUUCUAAUCGACACUUAAAAAUAAAGGUUCUAAAAUUG